CUUGGACACCUCUUAAAAAGUUAAAGAAAAAAAAAAGCAAGAGUCAUUUGAGGUGUCUUGUUGCCCAAGAAGUUAAGAAAGGAAAUCAACCCUUAUAAAUCAACCUUAAGCUUUCACAAGAUCGACAUUGUUGAAGGUGAAGAUUUAAACAAAGAGUACAAUGGCGAGAUACGAUAGAGCAAUCACAGUCUUUUCACCUGACGGCCAUCUCUUUCAAGUCGAAUACGCUCUUGAAGCCGUUCGUAAGGGUAACGCCGCCGUCGGUGUUCGAGGAACCGACACCGUUGUUCUUGGGGUCGAGAAGAAAUCUGCUGCCAAACUUCAAGAUUCUAGGUCUGUCAGAAAAAUUGUAAACCUUGACAAUCAUAUUGCUUUAGCAUGUGCUGGUCUCAAGGCGGAUGCCCGUGUUCUCAUUAACAGGGCACGUAUAGAGUGUCAAAGCCACAAGCUUACCUUGGAGGAUCCAGUUACUGUCGAGUACAUCACUCGUUACAUUGCUGGACUUCAGCAGAAAUAUACACAAAGUGGGGGUGUUAGACCGUUUGGGCUGUCGACUUUGAUUGUGGGAUUUGAUCCAUACACCAAAGUACCAGCACUGUACCAGACAGAUCCAUCUGGCACAUUUUCAGCUUGGAAGGCUAAUGCAACUGGAAGAAACUCUAACUCAAUAAGGGAAUUCCUGGAGAAGAACUAUAAAGAAACUUCUGGGCAAGAAACCAUCAAGCUGGCUAUCCGUGCUCUUCUUGAAGUGGUUGAAAGUGGAGGAAAGAACUUGGAAGUUGCUGUGAUGACAGAAGAAGGUCUACGCCAGCUUGAAGAAGCUGAAAUUGACGCCAUUGUUGCAGAGAUUGAAGCAGAGAAAGCUGCAGCUGAGGCCGCGAAGAAGGCUCCUGCUAAAGAUACAUAGAUCUAUCAUGCUUCCAAUUAGCAGGCUAUCACUGUUCACUUAUUAAAAGUCUUCAUCAUAUCCCAGUUGCUUUUAUUUAGCUUCAAGCUUCGAAGUGUUGAUGAGUUAAACAUAGUUGGUGGACAUGUAUCGUUUUAGUAUCAUUAGAAAAGCUAUUAUGUACUAUUUAAAAGUGAGCAAAUUGUUGAAUAUUUUGGUCAUUUACCCAUUUGGUUCAUUAUGAGAUUUGUGAAUGUACCUUCUUGCA